AUGACAAUAACUGGAAAUCUCCUUAUCUUUCUUCUUGUUGUGGUUGAUCAGCAACUUCAUACCCCAAUGUACUUCUUCCUUGCAAAUUUGUCUUUCUUGGACACUUGUUAUAGUUCUAUCUUGCUGCCCAAAAUAUUGGCCAACUUGCUAACAGGUGAAGGAACUAUUACUGUAAGUGGAUGCCUAACCCAAUAUCAUCUCUUUAGCUUUUGUGGAAGUACAGAAACGUAUCUUUUGGCUGCCAUGUCUUAUGAUCGCUAUUUAGCAAUUUGUAGGCCUUUGCUCUAUGCUUCUAUUAUGAAUAGGAAAUUAUGUUUCCAGCUUAUGGCUUUGGGAUGGAUAAGUAGUUUAAUAUUUAAUCUUAUUAUGGCAGCUUUUAUGGAUCAGCUAUCCUUCUGUGGUUCUAAUUUCAUAGAUCAUUACUUUUGUGACUUUCGUCCAUUGGAGAAAUUGUUAUGUACUGAUAAAACGCUUUUUGAGCUCUUUGUUUUUUGCAUGACCAUCCUAUUUACAAUUCCUCCAUUUCUGUUGACCCUCAUUUCUUACAUUUACAUCAUUGUUACCAUCAUCAAAAUCAAAUCUAUCAUUGGAAGGCAAAAGGCUUUUUCAACCUGCUCCUCUCAUCUCAUUGUAGUUUCUCUUUAUUAUGGCACAUUAAUCAUUGUCUAUGUAUUUCCAGAUACCCUCUCCCUCAGACAUCUCAAUAAAAUAUUAUCUGUUUUCUAUACAGUCAUGACUCCUUUGCUCAACCCUCUAAUUUAUACCUUAAGAAACAAAAAUGUUCACAAAGCCUUAAGACGGCUUGGUAUUAAAAUAAUAAUUUUGGGUAUGUUAUCUGAAACUGAUAGCUAUUAA